AUGUUGUCUACUUCAGGGAAUAGCUGCAUUUGUAGCAGCUGCUUUUCAAGAAGUUAUAAACUUUACGACGGUCGCCCAUGGGUGGCAAGGAAAAAAGGAAGCUUCAAGCUCCUGAGUCAACCAGCCUCUGAACAAACAGAGAAAGCUAGAGAGAAAUGGAGAAGAUACUUAGCAAGAAGUGCAAAGGAGAAAGUAAAGGCUCAGACUAAAUUAAUCUGCAGGAAGAUAAGGGUAUUAAAAUCUGCUGCAGAGAGAGCUGUGGUUGUUAAGGAAAUACGUCGCUCUGAGGUGUUUUUAGAAAGUCCUACCAGCUCAGAAGACCGGAAGCCGAUUUUGAAUCUGAAUACCAAAAACUUCUGGGAUUUUGUGUAUCAGCAUCAAUGGAAAGGAAGAAUAAGAGUGUGUGAAGGCGAACUAAUGUACAGAAUAACGGAGACGCUUAAGAAGCUUGUUAACCUGAAGGUGAUUUCAGAUUUCAACGUGACCAGGCUGUUUACAGCUGAAUACAAGAAAAAAGAUGUCGAAGAAGAUAGUACCUCAAUGCUCAAGGUAGGAAUGAUAAACUGGUAAAUUUAGGUUAUAUAUAACGCAGUUCUUACAGCAAAGGUGGCAACGUUUUCUCAUAUAUAGUUUCAAAUUUUCAAAGUUUCCAGUUCAAUUCAGUUAUAUUGUAUAGCUGGUCUGCUAAAGAGGGACUAAAGCAGGUUAUAAAUUAAAAAGCCGUAAUUAUGGCUGCCACCGUUCGGAGUUAAACCUAGAAAAAUGUUUCAGUAUUUAAUACUAGCUGAACUUAAAUGCUUCACUGAAAACCGCAAAAUCAAUGAGAAACCAAUUUGUAUUAUGCUACUUACGCCAACCGUAAAAUGGCAUGCAACUUUGCCGACGGUGGGCGCAGGCACAAGAAAAAAAUAAAACCAUCAGUGAAAAUCCAAAAUCUGGACUCAGACAUCUGAUCUUCAUUUCUAGAUUCAUCCUGCGAUUUCUCUAUUGGCUGAAAGGCGAAUCGUCUCGAAAUCGUCGAUAAACUAAACAUUUAUACGCUUCGAAGCUAAAACCUAGAGAACAUUGUUUCCUCUAACGUCGCUGAACAAAAGACACAUUUUUGAUCAUGUUAAAGCCAGCUUUUCAGGUUGCGAUUUUCUCUGUGAGUUUAAUGCAUAAAUAUUCUGGACAAUCAAAUUCAAAAGUUUGAAUAUGUAACUUAUAAACAUUGUUUCUUGUUGAACUUCAGUUUCAAGAGUUUGUUGUACGAGUCCACCAGACAUAUUAUGGGGGUGAGCCACGGAAGCCCCCCAAAAUGGUGAAAUUUAACUUGGUACCAAACAGCGUCUUCACACCCCGUCUAAAAUGCACCUCACCAAUUCUCAAACGGAAUGGGCCUGUAACGUCCUGUAAAAUUCCACAUGCGCCCCAAGUGGACGUGGCGUCCAGUCUUACUUCGAAAGACGUGAUUAAUUCAAACCAAUGGAAAUCUGUCAGUGAUGACAUAAUCAAGGAUGAAUUCACAAGCGUUUGCCUUAAGGCAACCAAAGACUUUGUGAUGGUAAAAGAGAUGAUUACUAAUAGCAAAACACUUAAGACCUCUACUAGUUUUACCUUACGAAGAAAGGAAGGUCUGUUUGGAAACAGUGGGAUUGCGGUUACUAUGAAAGAUUAUUAUACCUCAUCCAGCCUCCCCGAACACUCUUACGACGCACAAGAAUACAACGCUACUACCCCAUUCCUGAAAAUGGUAAUAUAGGUCCUUCAAUUCCUUUAAAUGUAGAACCGAACAUGUACAAAAUCAUUAAUAAAGAUGAAAUAUAGAUCUUAGUUUGGAAUGAUUUUUUAGAGACGCAUUAGAAAUAAAAUUAUCCGUCAGAAAAAGCCAAACAUCUAUUCAAGUAUUUACUCGAAAUGUUUGCAUUAAUUAGCUGAAAAAAAAAUUAAUUUCAGAAAGAUGUUACUAAAACGGGGAACGGCGAGGCGUAGCACGAGCACGGGGAACGGGAAAAUGACAAAUGGGAACAAAACCUAACUUGCACCCUAGCCCUACCAGUAACUUCGUUUCCAAAUCUUUGCUUGUCCCUUUUUGUUAUUUUCCCGUUCCCCGCUCCCCGUUUUAGUAACAUCUGUUUGCACUCGACCUCGCCUAAUACAUGAUACCCAGCUGAAGCCAACUCAAGUUUCCUUCCUUCCACACCUUUAUUGGCCAUUCGGUCCAUUGAUUUCUACUUCGUAAAACCAUGCCGUUAUAUGCUUUCAAAGCUUUCAAACAAGUGUUCGUUUGUGUUAAGACUUUGCCCUAUAGCUGAAAGAUCCUAAAAGGCAAUGUGAAGCGGAAGUUUUAUUUUUAAGCUACGAGAUGAAAGUUGUAAGAUCUUGUAAGCGACGCUUUAGGGUUUCUUUUGGGGUUUCAAUUUCAUGGAAUUUAGCUGAGUAUUUAAAAAAAUCGUCGCGGAUGUAUUCAGAGGGGUCCGGACCCCUCUUACGUUUCGCAUGGAUCCGCCACUGUUAGUUCGCCUUAGUUAACGUUAGACCCUUUUAUAUUGAGAAACCGUGGAGGAAGGGUCACCCGCCAACCCGAGCUAUCCGUACCCUAGGGGAGCCACAUUUUCCUACAUUUCUUUACAAAACGUACUGUGUGGCAAACCGUUUACAUGACAAACAAAAGUUGGCUCUGCUAGCUACAAGGGUCACCCUCCCAGACAGGCCAACAUUUCUCCAUAUAAACGCUUCAGGUUUGCCCAGCCGGGUUAACUUGGUCAAGGCGAGACAAUCAGAGCAUGCGCGAGCGCUGGUGGCUCAGGCAAAGGGGUCAACUUUUUUGUCUUAUUUAAACGCUCGCUAAAAUUGACUCGGCUGGCCAGGGGCCUCAUACUACCCGCAAAAGGGGCCUUAGACGUUUUAGACGCAUUGCACUGAGUCUGUGUUAGAGUGAGAGCUUUAAUGAAUAUAUUCUUUAGUAAAUAAAGAAUCAACAAAGCGGAAUGUAACAUUGAACGUUACAGUGAUCAACAUUCCUCAGAAAAAAUCGGUUGGUGUUUUGACCAUUGAAAUGAAAAUAUUUGAAAAAAAUCGUACUGUAGACUCUACACCAGGGGCAUGGACACUUAGUUGCCAAAUUGUUUCCAUCCUCAUUCGGUUGUUACUAUGUUAAUUUUUUUCAAUUUAAGGACAAGUAAAAUCACUUAUUAAACUUAUUCUUAAAAAAUUUUCCGCGCGUUUUAGCAAGUGGCUGUAAAUUUAUUUCUGAAGCAAAUGCACCACCGAGCCACACGCUUCCUCUAUAGUACAUAAAAACAUGUAUAACUUGUUUGAGGGAGCAAGAACAGGUCACGUUCAUUCGUCCAUAACAAUAAAAUUCUCACAGAACUGACAAAAUAAGAAACAGCUGAAAAUGAAAUCCUGCAACUCCUAGUCACAAUUUCUUUCAUUAUUCAUGGAACAGAAAAUUAAUGAUUUCAUUGGUUAGGGCUUUCAGUGAAUUUGUGAAACUAUUGUCGUCGAAUAGAAUUAAUGUCUUUAGCUAAAGUUUAGCAGGUGUCGAAAGUGUCACUUCUUUGGGAAGUGCUACAAGCCUUGUCUAAUUAAUAAUAUUCGUGAAGAGCCAGUAAAAUACAACUUGCGGUUGUUCACUAUUCACGUACAGGAACUCUUUAUCGCUGUUUACAAAAAUGAUGAGUGCAGUUGCGUUUAGUUCUGUUCAAAUCAGACAAAAAAUCUUUUGCGGAAGUUGCAGCGAUUCAUGGCCAGUGAUUCAAAGAUUCAACAGCAAAAAUCUGUGAACUCCCGAACGAAAACACUCUUGCGAGUUAGGAGCCUCGCUAAGGAUGAAGAAAUGGAGAAAAUCUUGGAAGAAAUUGAUAAUCGCAAUAAAUACAGUCCUUCGACCAAGAACUCUAUAAAACGGCAGCCUAUCGAAAGUGGUGGAGGAAUUCCACCGGAGGAGGAACUUAAUGAACUCUUUGUAGAUGUCGAGAAACGAAACGCAGAGUUGCAAGAACUGCUUCUGGCCGUUGAAAGUUGCAGAGAUUCGGAAAGCGAAGGCCAGCGAUCAAGGAUUACGUCAGCUGAGACAAGACGGAGCACCGAUACCUUGGUUGAAAAACUCUUGGAUGACUUGGAUGAUGUCGGAUUUGAGAAAGGCCAAUUCAACUACAGACCUACUGAGACGGCAAAUGGUUUCAAUAAUACAAAGCCUUGCUCCGCAAAACUUAAGGCUAGCGCUAGCGAAGAAGAACUUGAUCAUAUGUUGGCUGAACUGCUGGACCUCUAA